AUGACCAGGGAGAGGGAGGGCAGCCUGUGCCCAGGCUCUUUGGGUCAGACCCUGGACUCUGCUCCCCUUUCACAGUCCGGCCCCCCGGUGACUCCGUGCCGGACGCUCGGGAAGUCCCUCCCCGGAAGAGGCCUGGCGUCGGCGGCGGAAGUGGGGGCCGCGCCGUGCACCCGGCCGGGCGGCCCCGGUCGCAGGGCGCCCGCGUUCGGCGCUGUCAACGUGGCUGCCCUACUCAGCCUCUGCCGCGCGCUGCCCGCCGCCACGGCCGCCGCCGCCUCCUCCGGGGGCGCGGGAGCCGACGGCCGCGUCCAGCUGUUGCAGGCGGUGGACACGGAGCACACCGUGGACUCGGUGGAGUGGUGCCCGCUGGCCGGCUGCAGGCACUUGCUGGCGUGCGGCACCUACCAGCUGUGGAAGCCGGAGGGCCGGCCCGCCGACGGGGCGUGCCAGAGUGAACUGGGUGUUGCCGAGCCUCCAGUUCGUUUGGGCCGUCUCUACCUGUACAGUUGCAAUGAGGACAGGUCUCCCUGCCCCCUGGUUGAGGUCCAAAGAAGAGACACUUCUGCGAUCCUGGACAUGAAAUGGUGUCACGUUCCAGUGGCUGGCCAUCCCGUCUUGGGUGUGGCGGAUGCUUCUGGGUCCAUAGAGCUCCUCCGCUUGGUGCCCUCUGAGGACACUUGGACGCUACAGCCCUGCUCCCGCUUGGCCCUGGAAAGGCAGUGCCUCGCCUUGUCCUUGGACUGGUCCACGGGGAAAGCUGGAAGGGCCAGUGACCAGCCCUUGAAAAUCAUUAGCAGCGACUCCAAAGGGCAGCUCCACCUCCUGAAGAUCAGCGAGGCAGGGCCCGGAUUGCAGGCUGUGGUCACGUGGCAGGCCCAUCAGUUUGAGGCCUGGGUUGCUGCUUUCAAUUACUGGCAGACGGAAGUCGUGUACUCAGGUGGGGACGAUGGCCUCCUGAAGGGCUGGGACACCAGGAUGCCCGACGCUGCCACCUUCAGCAGCCGCAGACACUCCAUGGGCGUGUGCAGCGUCCAGAGCAGCCCCCACCGUGAGCACGUCUUGGCCACAGGAAGCUACGACGAGCAUGUUCUCCUCUGGGACAUGCGGAGCCUGCGGCGGCCGCUGGCGGACGUGCCCGUGCAAGGCGGGGUGUGGAGGCUCAAGUGGCACCCGUUCCAGCGCGACCUGCUCCUGGCAGCCUGCAUGCACGGCGGCUUUACGAUCAUCAACUACCAGACGGCAGCAGAGGAAGAGCAGGACGCAGUCUCCCUGUCCUACCCCUUGCCCAACUCGCUGGUGUAUGGAAUCGACUGGUCCUGGCUCCACUUCUGCCGUCCGCCACAGACCCAGCCGUCCUUCCCUGGCGGUGACCCAGAAGCCAGAACAGCAGACCAGGACUCUACCCUGAAGGCUGCAGACCCGUCACCAGCAUCCUCUUCGGAGCGUCUAGCUGACAGUGAUGGAGUGGGUGGCACCACACACCAGAAUGGGAGCAAGCUAGAGGCUCCUCUGCAGACAGAGGACGAGGAUGGCCGGCUGCCCACUCCAGGGGUCAAGAUCUGUGACUGCGACCAGGAUCUGGAGGCAGCAGGCUUUGACACCAACCUUCUGGCCACUUGCUCUUUUUAUGAUCAUGUUCUUCACCUCUGGAAGUGGCAGGACAUCUGAGCUGGGGAAGACCUUGCUUGGUUUGACAUGGUAGAGACAAUUUCCACAAAUAAAACCUAGAGUACAUCUUUAUCUUUCUUGAGAAUGAAGUGACCCCAGACUAUCUCACUGUAUGGGGCUCAGUGCAUCUGUGUAAUGUUCUCAGUAAAUAGAAAACCUCUUGGCCUCUCAGAUAAACCUUAUCUGCUGGGCCCUUCAAAAUGGUGUCUCUGUGGCAGCAAGAGGUGGGGUGGAGGAAGGGCUUGGUUCCCAGCACUCAAACUUGUCAGUUUCCUGUGUUUUGACUUUCAGUUCUUAGGACUUAUAUAAGCAACUAUUUACAUUAACUAAAAAUUUUAAAGCUACUUUAUAAUACCAAAGUAGUUUGUUUUUGUGUUAUUAUUAGUUUUCUAUGAACAUUAAAAAAAGAUCACGGCACCGGAAGUGCUUGCAUAGCCUCCUGUGCAAAUAACCAAAAAGAAGGGUGUAUUGCUUUAGCAUACCAUAAACUGGAAAUGUUAAGUCGUAUGGUGGAUUAGUCACGCUUCCUCACUGUGGCGUUAAACCUGGACACAGCUUAACUCCAGAAGUCCUGGGCUUGGGACUGAUCUGCCUCCCACAGGCCAUUCCUCCUCUCUCCGGAGGAGCAGAUGUGGAACUCCAGGCCACUGUGGAAUCUGUCAACUCCGCAGCACCCACUGAUAGGAUAGGUAGGUGUUCUGAAUCAGAAAACACAAGCUUCUGUUAUUUCCUGACAGAACUGUCAGCACAGGUUAGAAUGUAUUAAUGUUGAACCCUCCUCCAGUUUGUUUUAGGAUAUUUCACUUAAGGAUCAACAGAACUAGGAUCUGAGGAAUUAUGCGCUGAAACAGAACAUAAAGAGAGAGGCUAUAGAUUAUUAGGGAAAUAGCAGUUUGGCAGCAACUUCCCGUGUGGCCUUAUCUUCAGGUUUGCCCCAA